UGACAUAAACAUUCGGUCGCGCGACGGUAUCGGCCGUUCGUGUGACGUGCAUUUUAAGCUAAUUGGUGAUAAAACAAGAUGUUUAUCUACAUGAAUAUAUCAUAACAUUUUGUGUUUUGGAGUUAGUAUCCCAUAACAAGUCUCGAACUUUGGGGCUAACUAAGUACUAGCUUUUGGCCGCCUCUUCGCCCGCGUGAAUUGCAUAGCAAAAUCUCAGUAAAUAGUAUGAUAUUAAAAUUAAAAUAAAAAGGUAAAUGAACUUCGAAAUAAAAUUCAUUGAGUGAGCUAGCAUCAAAGCAAAUUGUAUCGUGUGAAUGACAUCAAUAAAGUUUACUCAAAGAACAUUUACGAACAGACGGAACAAUGUGGUUGUCUACAAUCACUAUAGUGCUAAUGAGUGUGCUGCCUAUGGAACAGUGUUAUUGGAACACAAAUUCGUAUAUAUAUUUUGGAGGGAAAACUUUGUAUGAUGACGUCAGAGGCGAUGUACGAAAUUCAUCGAGAUUGAAAGGGUGUGAACCUGUCAGCAUUUGGAUGCUUGCUAGGCACGGCGCUCGUAACCCCAGCGAGCAAAACAUACGAGAAAUGAAGAAUGCUUUAGCAAUGAAGUCAGAUAUCCUAAGGUAUCACGCCGAAGGACGAGGAGAUUUAUGGGAUAGGGAAAUAGCAGACCUGCAAGAAUACAGAUGGAGUCCAGACGUUGACGUGACUCCGUACGUUCUUACGAACAGAGGUCACAGGGAAUUAAAUGACUUAGGUGACAGAAUUAAUAUGACCUAUUUCUCACUGCUGAAGAAACUAAAAGAACACCACAUUAGGCCUACUAAUGAACAAAGGACGAUUGAGAGCGCCAGGAGUUUUUUGAAUGGGCUAGAUGAUUCAUUGGCGUAUGGUAUAGAAGCUCCGUUGAGGAAGAUCAAAGAUGUAAUGUUAUUGCCCUAUUUGCACUGUGAUCUUCACACGACCGAAGCGUGGAAUGGUUCGAAACGAAUCUCAGAAUUACAAAAAUAUUAUGAAACCGCCGACUACAAAGAAGUCUUGUUAAGCGUUCAAAAACGAAUGGGCUCCAAUGAGCCGCUAACUCCGACCAACGUAUCUGGACUGUACGACCUCUGUCGGUUCCACCGUUCCACCUCGCUGACUGGGACCUCACCGUGGUGCAAGCUGUUCACAAACAGAGACCUGGAGGUCCUCGAGUAUAUAGAAGACAUUAACUCUUACUAUAGGAGUGGCUACGGAUUUCCAUACAACGGCCAUCUUGGACGAUUGGUGCUAAGCGAUUUGCUGAAGAAGUUUCAGGCCGAGGUGUACGAUUCGAAACCUACAUUCACCGCAUUCUUCUCCCACGACAGUCUGAUAGACAUGGUCUAUUGUGCGUUAGGAUUGUUCCACGACGAAAAAAGUUUAAAAGCCAAGAGGAGGAACCCUCGCCGCAAGUGGAGAACCAGCAAAAACACUCCGUUUGCUGCCAAUAUUAUUGUGGUCUUGCAUGAAUGUGAAAAUAUGCUGGAGCCUCGGCCAUAUAAAGUACAGUUCUUGGUAAACGAGAAACCUCAGAGGGUAUGUGUGAAGAAAGUCUGUACUUGGGCCGAAUUCCAAGAUAAACUGAAGCCAUUUUUGCAGAGCGAUCUUAAAUUUUGUAGACAACACAAUAAACCCAACUGAAUUA